CGACGCGCGAUACGCGCAUACGGGUCUACCACGGAACCCUCGCGCUCAUCAUUUCCACGAACGAGCGGCAAAAAUAUAUACCUUGGCAUACAUAUUAUACGUGCACGAAUCUUUUUCCGCUUGUGUUAAAAGAAGAAAAAAGGGGAAAAAAAAACAAAACGAGCGGCAAGCGAGUAAAUUAUCGAAGCACGCGGGGAGUCGGCGACGCGACGGUCGUCUGACGGUCAGCGCGAAUUAACGUUAAUAGGAAAUUGACAUGUGGAAUCUAUUCGCGACGGCCGAGCACAAAUCGAAUCGUGUGGGAAUCGUGUGGGAAUCGCGUCCACCAGCCGCCGUUCAUAUAUUAGGGCCGCGCGCGCACGGUGUCGAACAGAGGCCCCCUUGUCUUCGCGCGCGCGUUAUGCUCUUUUACGGCGUAUCCGCGAUCGUUCUCAGUCGCGGGCCUCGUCGCCUCGUCCUCCGUCGUCCGGUGGAGUGCCGACCGGUCCCCGCGGCGCGCACUUUUGACGAUGAAACCGUCCGCCGUAUCUACGAUAGAGCGAUAAAGUUCCCGUCGGUCUUGGAGUCCGCGCGCGUGCGAGCCUUCGCGGGGAGAAAAAGAUACGCGUGUGCCCCCGUCACGGUCCAUCCGCCGCUAAAUCGCGUAUUCUGCAAAUAGACCGCGACAAUAAAGCGAAAGUUUCCGAUCACAUAUCAUCGUUCGAACGUACUACGAUACGCGCUACUGGUGGUGAUCCGUAAAGCGUACAUAACAAUGGGAUUCUCAUCGAGAGCUCUGCCGCCGCUGAUGAUGAUUAUGAUGAUGAUUGGCGCGCUUUCUCUGUUCUCGAAUGUUGCAGUCGAGCGCGUCGGCGACGUGGUCGACGAGGGGUCAACCAGCUGGAACGACCUGGAGAUUGAUACGUCGAACGACAGCGAUGCGACUCUUCUGAACUCUAGCCGAAAGGCGAACGGUGAUCGACAUUACUGGUACAACCACCUGGACGAUGCCGGCAAGACGCUGAAGAGCAAGGCGGACGUCCUGGCCCGCCUUCUGAAGAUGCACAUAGACCAGCUGCGUAAUAAGACCGAUCAGGUGGAGAUGGUGUUUCUAGUAGACGCGUCCGGCUCGGUCGGCGCGGAGAACUUCCGCAGCGAACUGAACUUCGUGACGAAACUGCUGUCGGACUUCACGGUCGACGCGCGGGCCGCGCGGGUCGCCCUGAUCACCUUCGGCGGCCGGGGUAGCGUGUACCGCAACAUCGAUCAAAUAUCCCAGUACGGACCUGACGAUCACAAGUGCUACCUGCUGAACAAGCAGUUCCGGAAUAUCACCUAUACCGGCGGCGGAACCUACACGCGCGGCGCCCUUCUCGAGGCGUUGGCAAUCCUCGAGAAAAGUCGCGAGACGGCUAGCAAGAUGGUGUUCCUGAUCACCGACGGUUUCAGCAACGGCGGCGACCCGCGGCCCGCAGCCGACCUGCUGAAGAACGCGGGUGCGACCGUGUUCACGUUCGGUAUACGCACGGGAAACGUGGAGGAGCUACACGACAUCGCCAGCCAUCCCGGAUACACGCACAGUUACCUCCUCGAUAGCUUCGCGGAGUUCGAGGCUCUGGCACGACGUGCCCUCCAUCGCGAUCUAAAGACCGGACAGUACGUGGCCGUGACUCUGCCGACUGAUUGCAACAGCCUCUGUUUGGAUAGCGAACUUACCGUUUCGACAAACCAAACUUGCUGCGACGAAUUGGCGAGCUGCACCUGCGGCACUGCAACCGGUCAUUACGCCUGCAUCUGUCCGUCCGGUUACUUCGGUUCCGGUCUCAGAGGCUUUUGCCAACCUUGCCCGAACGGUACAUACGCUUUGGGAAAUACCUCCGGGGAUUCCACCGCCGCAUGUGUACCAUGUCCAGAUGCUAAUCACGUUACCGUCAAAGUGCCCGCGACCUCGAUGAGCGAUUGUACAUGCGCCUCCGGAUUUACCACGGAUGGUUACAAAUGCGAGGCUAUAACAUGCCCAAGAUUGAGGAUCCCCGAAAACGCGUACCUGGUGAAGGCGAGCGCCUGCAGCAACGUGGUGCACGCGGCGUGCGGCGUGAGAUGCAGGAUUGGCUUCCACCUCACGGGAGACAGCAUUCGACUUUGCGGCAAGGACGGCGUUUGGUCCGGUAAUGAGCCGCAGUGCUUGUUGAAGACGUGUCUGGCUUUGCGCGCGCCCGCGCACGGCAGCGUGAAAUGCGAGCACGACGAGGAUUAUCAGCACCAGUUUAUGGAGAACUCCACUGUGUAUCCGAUCGACACGCGCUGCCAGUUCCGAUGCGACGUUGGUCAUCAGCUUCGCGGCAGCAAAGUUCGCAACUGUCUACCACUAUCUCGUUGGGAUGGUUUGAAGGUCACGUGCCAAGCUGUGAAAUGUGAACCUUUGCCGCAAAUCGCGAACGGCGACAUCAUCCCGGAGAUCUGCAUCGGGCCGGCAAAAAUACCCUUCGCCACCAACUGCACGAUUGCCUGCAACGAGGGUUUCGUCCUGGAAGGACCCACCGUUCGAUCGUGUACCGGACACGCGGGGGUUUGGUCCCAGCGUCACAGCGUCAAUCGAUGUGUGGACAAGACGCCGCCCUCGAUGGAGUGUCCGACCGAGGUUGUCGAGGAGACUGUGAAGGGGCAAAAUUAUGCAUACGUGAAUUGGACGGUACCCGAGGUGACAGACAACGCGGACGCGUCCCCCAGUCUGUGGACGAAACCGCACGUUGUCCUGCCUUGGAAAGUGAAGAUCGGCACGCGCGUUGUCGUGUACGUGGCACAGGACGCGAGCGGCAACAAGGCCAGAUGCAAAUUCAAAGUUAAAGUGCUCGACAGAGAACCACCGACGAUCGAGAACUGCGUCGAUCCCCCGACGUUUUAUACCGAUUUCGGUAACGGCCUCGCAAAUGUAACGUGGGACGAACCGGUCUUCUACGACAAUUCGAGAAUUCCCGUGCGCGUCAAUCAGAGUCAUCAGCCUGACAAGGAUUUCUUUUCAAUCGGUCGCACGAAGGUCUUCUACAACGCGACCGAUAAAUAUGGAAACCGUGCAAGUUGCGUGUUGAACAUUACUGUAGAAGAUGUAUGUAAAAGUCUGAAAGCUCCCGUAAAUGGUCAACUGAACUGUUCCUCAGGCGAUCAGGAAACACGGUGCGUCGUAGCUUGUAAGGAUGGCUACGACUUUGCGAUCAAACCAGUGAACUUUGAUAUCGUUAAUGACGAAUUACUGUUAAAAUGUAACUCAAGCGGUCACACGUGGGAAAAUAAUCAUCUGCCGGAAUGUUUAGAAAUGCAAACGCCAAAGACGAUAUCUCAGAAAGGAAACAUGAUAUUGCAAAGCAACGAAAGCGCGAUAUGCGAUAAUCAAACUGCUCUUCGUGAAUUGAGCGAGCACGUUGCUGGUGAUUUGAAGCUUAAACUAUUGGAAAUGUGCGACAAUGACAUUGAGUGCAAUCUAAUCAGCUUUGAUCCCGAGUGCAAAGACGAACUUUCGACAUCGACAUCGAAGAAUUUUGAGGACAAUUUAAUAAGAAGACGACGAUUUGAGUCCGGGUACAAGCAAAUUCAAUUCACCAAUGUCUUUAGAAAUUAUUCUGAAACGAUAAUGCUUGAAAAAUUGAAACGCGCAAUUAGAUCGAGCUCCGAUCCGAAUAAAAAUAACAUCAAAUCUAAACGAAAAAGAGAUAAGAUAGAAAUCAAGUUUAAGUUCAUAGGUAAAAUAAUUGAAGAAAACUUCGAGAACCCUAAACUGGGAGUGCAGAAGCUGAGAGAGAGACUCGACGCGAUGUCACAGCUGGGACAACUGGACUUGCUCGAUAACAAAACUAAUCAGGAGAUCGCGAGGCUCGCCCUGAAUCUGCACCUCGUGUUCAAGGAACCGCAGGAUCUCUGUGAUCCCGGAAGUGUACUGAAGAGACACAGUUGCGUUAAAUGUCCCGCGGGCACUUUUUACAAUUCUUCUACCAGGACCUGUCAGCCGUGUCCAUUCGGUCAGUACCAGAACGCGACUGCUUCGCUGACGUGCGUGUCUUGUCCGGAGUACACCUAUACGAAGAGGAUGCACGCGAAAUCCUUGAAAGAUUGCAUCCCCGUAUGUCAACCAGGAUACUACUCUCGGCGCAAACGCUACCACGAGUCGCGUCCGGGCGUGGAACCUUGUUACCCGUGUGAUAUCGGCUUCUAUCAACCGAGCUACGGUCAGAGUCAAUGCUUGCUGUGCCCGUCGAACGCAACGACGGAUAGACGCGGUUCCACGGAUGUCGACAAUUGCCGUUGGCUGAUUCGUCACGAGGAAAUCUACGACUGUCGGACGAAUCUGUGCUUAAACGGCGGUCGAUGUGUACGAAACGAAAGCGACUUCGUUUGCGAGUGUCCUGAAUAUUAUGUGGGCUCGAGAUGCGAAAAGUUCAAGGAUCCGUGUGACUCUUCGCCAUGCUUGAAUGAAGGCGUGUGCAAGACGCGGCAGCAUCCCGAUAACACCGUGACGUACGAAUGCGCAUGUAAAAGCAGUUACUCGGGUGCCAACUGCGAGAUCUACGUGGACGAGUGCGCUACCAAUCCUUGUCAGAAUGGUGGAAAUUGCAUGAGCACCGAGAAUGAUUUUGCUUGCGAGUGCAUGAAUGGAUUCGAAGGUGAAUUCUGCGAGGUUCCGAUGGACCACUGCGAGCUUAAGCCCUGCGAAGAGGGAUCCGCGUGCCGCACCGUGAAUGGUACCUGGCAAUGCCUCUGCAAACCCGGUUUCCUGGGUCGGCACUGCAACCUGCUGCCCUGCGACUGGCUGCCGUGCCACGCGAACGCGAUUUGCGUCAACGUUGAAGAGCAGAACGCGACACGGAGAAGUUACAGGUGCGAAUGCCCCGACGGAUACACGGGAGAGGACUGCGCGACUAAGAUCAAUCGCUGCGAGAGCUCACCUUGCCUGAACAACGGACGCUGCAUCAGCCGCGUGCACGAUUACAUCUGCGAGUGUCCGGUUCCUUUCACCGGACGCGACUGCGAAACCGAAUUGUCGUCCGACUAUGUGAUGCACUUCACCAAAUCCGGCACGACGGAUUACGUGGCCGCCAAAGGACUCGCGAGGGAUCUUCUCCAGCUCUCUAUCUGCUUGUGGUUGCAAUCGAAGGACACUUUUAAUUAUGGUACGGUAUUGUCGUACGCGACGACGUUUCACGACAACGCCUUCACGUUGACGGAUUACAACGGAUUGGUCUUGUACGUAAACGGGGAGAAGGUCGUCACUGACGUUAAGGUCAAUGACGAUAACUGGCACUUCCUGUGCGUCACUUGGGAGAGCGAGCGUGGCUUCUGGCGCGUGUUUAUCGACGGGAUCCUCAAGGACAGUGGCGUCGGCCUGGCUCAGAGAACCGUUGUACGAGCCAACGGAUCCUUCAUCAUCGGGCAGGAGCAGGAUCGUCUGGGCGGUGGUUUCUCCGAAUCGGAGGCGUUUCUAGGGAGGGUCGGCUUGCUGGACAUGUGGGACGUUGUUCUGAACGAAAGUGACGUCAUGGACCUGUGGAACAGCUGCGAAAAAUACCACGGAAACCUCGUGGCUUGGGCGGAGAUGCAGCAGUACGUUCACGGCGACGUCGAGAUCUUAGUCAGCCCAUUUUGUCACGGCUGCCCUUUGCCCGUGAUACCCUUCAAAGGUAACAUUAAAAUAAGCGAGGAUUUGUCCGAGGUAACGUACUAUUGUGACAGUGGAUACAUAGUUCGAUUUAGCGGCGAGGAAUACCGGUCCCUUACAAGGAAGUGUCUCAAGCACGGCCAGUGGGAGGGAUACGAUACGCCGAUCUGCACGAAAAUAAAAUGCGGUUUCCCGGGAUACUUUCCGCGCGGACGUAUUCAUGGGGAAUCUUAUUCAUUCGAGGACGAGAUAUACUAUUCCUGUGCCGAGGGCUACGAGCUCCGUGGAAACCCCCAUCGCAUCUGCAAUUCCGACGGCAAGUGGAUCGGGCUGCCUCCGAUCUGCAUAGGGAUCACAUGUAAGAAUCUGCUCGCUCCAGAAAAUGGAGAUAUAGAAUACAUUCUAGAGGAAAACGAGAGAGAUGACGUCACGAUAUUACAGGCUGGCCAGCAGCUGGAGUUCAAGUGUAAUCCCGGAUAUCGUUUAAUGGGAGAGAAGUACUUGACCUGCCUGGAGACUGGCGUCUGGGAUCACAAGAGGCCGUCUUGCAUACCCUACGGAUGUCCUCCGCCAAGACAAAUAGAACACAGUUACAUCAUCUCGUCGAAUUCCAAUACGUCCAAUAGUAACCCGAUCGGCGAUCCUUUCGAGAGAACGUAUCUCUUCGACGACAUCGUCGGAUUCACUUGCCAUCGCGGUUACAAGUUUCGCGGCAAUCAUAAUCUGCUGACGGAAUUCAGGCUGCAGUGUUCCACGAAUGGCACCUGGACAGGUUUCGUCCCCAACUGCGUGCCGCGUAGGUGUCCAUGGCCCGAUCGCGUGGCAAAGGCGAGACUCUUCCUCAGGAAACAGGAUGGCACUAUGAUCGAAAUUCCAACGAGAGGAGCCGCAACCUUGGAACCUGAUCAAAGGGAAACACGAAGAAACGAGAGCGACGAGAUCUCCCCGGAAUUGUUCGUUUCCGGCGCGGAAAUCGUCAUCGUCUGUGACCCGGAAUACGAACUGAUCGGAGACCGAGUCGGAACGUGUACCGAGGAGGAGAGAUGGUUUUGGACUUCUGUUUCUUGCGAGCCGCGUAAUUGCUCCGUCGAGGAUCAUCCAAUUUAUAAAUUUUUCGAGAGACUGGGAAACGAAACCAUAUUGGAGAACACGGACAUAAUGUCGUUACUCGAGUCAGACGAGAAGCGACACGGCAAGGGAAACGUUACGCGCACAUACAAAGACCUCGAGAUCUUCGUCGAGGGAAACAGUUUCGGACAACAAAUAAUCUUGACGUGUCGAAAUGGCGCGCGGAUGAACGAGUCGAUCGUCAACAGGACAAUCUCGAAUAUAACGUGGACAUGCAACGAGAUCGCAAAGUGGCAAGUCUCGAAUUCGUUGAUGAAUGAGCCUACGCUCGAGCGGCUGCUGACAGAUUCGACGAAUAUCUGCGACAAAUCAUGUGCACCUCCGCAAAUACCGGAAUACGGAUAUAUCGAUCACGACAAUAAUACUGACGACAUUAACAAUCGCUGGACGAUCGAUAGUGUUGUCGUUUUCAAGUGUCGUCACGGAUACGUUCUCGAGGGUGAUAAACGCCGUAGCGUGUGGAAAACCGCCAAUUUUCGCUAACGCAAUACUAAAGAGUGAUAUCAGCGGAACUCAGAAUUACACUUUCGGCAAUAUGAUUUCUUAUCAAUGCCUUCCGGGCUACCGUGUAUUCGGGCAGUCGAGUUUAAGAUGUUUAGGGAGCGGAACGUGGUCCAGAUUGAA